UUGAGAGCACAAUGACUGACUUUUGAUGGCUAGUUUAUCUCCGUUUUGACUUUCCUGACCUUCUCCAGAGAAACAGAGCAGCAGUGUGGAUGGAGCUCCACGGGACAGAGGGAAAAACGCGAUGACACUGUGGGACGAGCGCGUGUGGGCCCUUUUCAGGAGCCAGUGGAGGCAGACUGUGACCUACUGGAGUGUUUUCUUCAGCUUUGGUCUGUGCAUCGCCUUCUUGGGGCCCACUAUCCUAGACCUGCGCUGCCAGACUCACUCCACGCUGCAGCAGAUCACCUGGGUGUUUGUUUCGCAGCAGUUCUUCCUGCUCCUGGGCAGCAGCCUGGGAGGGAUUUUCAAGAGGACGUUGCUGUUUUCGCUGACGGCUCUCUUCUUCUGUACCUUCAUUAUCUCGCUGGUGUUUGCUCUGAUACCUCUGUGCUACGAUGUGGUGAUGCUGUCCUUCGCUCUGGCCAUCGCCGGACUGGCCAUGGGCGUGAUCGAUAAUAUUGCCAAUCUGCAGCUGGUCAAACUGUACCAGAAAGACUCCGCCAUCUUCCUUCAGGCGUUGCACUUCUUCAUUGGUCUGGGAGCACUGGUCAGCCCUCUAGUGGCCGAUCCGUUCCUCGCAGAUGACAGCUGUAUUCUGGCAGCCAACGCUACGGCGGCUAACUCGACCUUUAACCUCGAGCAUAUCCGUAACACCCUGGGAGGUCCUGGCGCCGCGUUGACAAAUGUGUCAGAAUAUCCUCUGCACAUACAUGGCCUGGCGCUCACACAGGUGUCAUACGCCUUCUGGAUCAUGGCUCUUAUCAACCUGCCUGUGCCCAUAGCUGUACUGUACCUGAUGUACCAUGAGCGGCUGCUGCCCUGCUCCAGGUCGAGCCCCCCUCUGCUGGGACAGAACCCACGGGGCGAUACCGAGCAAGCUCACUUGAAUGUGUUCAGGUGCUGCAACCUGGCAAAGCUCCGGGAUCGUCCAGCCACUUUCUUCAUCCUCCACAUUCUGGGUGGAGCCAUUCUGUUUAUUACUGACGGAAUAGUGGGCUCGUACGCAGGCUUUGUGUACACCUACGCUGUGUCUCCUCCUUUGCUCAUGGCGCAUAAGACCGCUGGAUAUCUGGACAGUAUAUUCUGGGCCGCCAUUACUCUGAGCAGACUCGCAUUUGUCUAUCUGUCCUACAGAUAUCCUGCUCCCAAACUGAUCACCUUGAGUCUGGUCUCGGUGAUGCUGGUCCACGGUCUCCUGCUGAUGUUCUUCACCAGUCAAAUGUUCUUGUUCAUCGGGACCACUAUCCUGGGCCUGUCCAUCAGCAGCGUGUUCCCGUCCCUUCUGGCUUUGACCGAGGACGCGCUGGAGUACAAAGGUUGCGUCACGACUGUUCUGGUGACGAGCGCCAGCACCGGAGAAAUGCUUAUGCAGCUUUUAGUCGGAUCUGUGAUACAAGAAUACGGCAGUUAUUCCUUCAUGCUGUGCUGCACGAUAGCGUCCUUCAUCGGUUUCUGUUUGUUUCUACUGUUCCUCUAUGCGCUUCAUGUCCACAAAAAGAGCUACAUUCCCAGCACAGAUUGCACCAAAGACAUGGCGAUGAAGGAACUACCUCUGCCUCCAGCGGGAUUCUGAAUGAAGUGAAAAUACUGUGGA